AUGAAACCUAUUGAAUAUUACUGUUCGAUUUCUUACUCUGAAGUUCCGAAUAGAAGACUGAGAUCACAUUCUAGUACGCAACAUGUCAACAAGACAUGUUAUGCAAGAGAUCAAUUUCCCUCCAUGAAUAACUCUGAUAACUUCCACAUUACUAUUGAUCCUUUGAAAUAUGAGAAGUUAAAAAAUCCUAACUUAUUUCAACCGCAACAGAAGUGGUUUUUGAACCUAUCAUCGAUUGACAUACCGACCAAUAUUCAAGGUUUGCUACAAUUGGGCAAUGGCUUUAGUGUACCUCCAACUAAUGAGAAAUCCACUCUUAUAGAAUGUAUAAAACAUCUAGAAAAUAAUAUGAGGUCGCUUAGUACGAACGAAAAAGAAGCAAUAAGGAGUCGUUCUGUUUCUAUCUUACGUAAUAUUAAACUCUAUUUACCUACUCUAUAUCACAAUAACAAAGUUAUCCUUCAAAAUUAUCUUGAAGCAAAGACGUUUUCUAAGUCAUUUCCAGAUUUACUGUUUAUGAAGGCUGACAAGAGUAAUGUUACAGUUGCUCUUGACAGGAAUGUUUAUGUUACAAAGAUGUUGUUACAAUUAGAGAACGUUGAUACUUAUCAGCUUGUUGAAAAAGAUCCUACUAAAAAAAUAAUAGCCGAAUUAAAAAACAUUUUAAAAAGAUGGAGGAAUGAGUCCUAUAUCGAGAAUUCGGUUUAUAAGUUUCUCCAAUCGAGCGAUGCCACUCUUCCACGUGCUUAUGGUUCUCCGAAGAUUCACAAGGCUGACAACCCUUUAAGGAUAAUUGUCUCAUCUAAAAAUAGUCCUCUAUAUAAUUUAGCCUUGUUUUUGCACCGGUUGAUUUCUACCAGUAUCCCUGUACCUAAGAGCAGGAUCAAGAAUAGUUUUGAUCUGGUUAAUUCUUUGGCGAAUUUGUAUGUGGAGGAACACUGUAGAUUGUUUUCGUUGGAUGUGGUCUCAUUGUUCACUAACGUUCCCCUUGAGUUGGUUAUGGAUGGUGUCUGGAGAAGAUGGAGUUUUCUGGAAGCGGCUU